CGAUGAAGCGGUUGCUUUGUACGCUGUGGAAGGAUGGCCGACAAAAGGAAACUGCAAAGUGACAUUGAAAGAAACCUCAAGAGAGUACAGGAGGGAAGAACUGCCUUCCAGGAAAUACUGGAUAAAUUUGAAAGUACCAACAAUCCAACUCAAAAAGAAAAAUUUGAAGGCGAUCUAAAAAAAGAAAUUAAAAAACUUCAAAGAUUAAGAGAUCAAAUCAAAACAUGGAUUACAGCUAGUGAAGUGAAAGAUAAGCGACCAUUAUUAGAAGCACGUAAGGAAAUCGAACAGGAUAUGGAACGAUUUAAAGUAAUUGAAAAAGAGACAAAAACUAAAGCUUAUUCCAAAGAAGGUCUAUUAUCAACUGAAGCGAAAAAAGACCCAUUACAGAAAGAAAAAGAAGAAUUAGAUGAUUGGUUAAAACAAUGUAUUAGUUCAUUAAAUACACAAACAGAAAAAUAUGAGUUUGAGAUUGAAAGCUUAUCAAAUAAUACUAAAAAGAAAAGAAUAGACAAAGAAACAGCUUCAGCAAUCGAUGAAAAACGUCAACGUUUAGAAAUGUGUUGUUUUCAUGUUGAAAAACUUGAAACCAUUAUGCGUUUAUUAGAUAAUGAACGAUUAGAUUGUACAAAGGUUAGAUCUAUUCAAGAGUCUAUUGAAUAUGUGAUCGAUUGUAGUGAUAAUCAGUCUAUGUUUGACUUUAAGAAUAUUUAUGAUGAUUUAUGUUUGGAUGAGUUAGGUGAUUCUACUGGAAUAACUGCAGCACCAGGCACUGCAACAGGAAAUCAAGAGCAUGAUUUAAAUGGUGUAAUUACCCCUGGUACUACACUGGUAAAUCAACGAGUAGGGAGUGAUGAUGCUGGCUCUUCAACUUCGACUCAUACAAGUGCAUCAAAUAAUACAGAUUCGUCUGUCACUCAUCCUGGGUCAUCAGCAUCAUCCAAUGCGUCUUCUUCCCGAGAACGUGCUAAAAGUGAUGAUAAAGUCUCCUUGUUACCACAUGUAUCCGCUUCUUCUACUAGUACACCUAUGAAAUCUUCAAAUACACCAGGUUCAUCGGGCAAACAAAAACCCGCUGCUUCAAUUAAUCAAACUGCUCCUGCUCUUAUGUCCCAAGUUGUUGCUGGCACUCCUAAUAAAUCUGGAAAGUUGAACGCAAAUAGUCAUUCAAUAUCAAACAGUAUGACAAUCGCUGCCGAGAUAGGCCCGGCCAAACCCUCUAGUACUAUAGAUUCUCAGGUCGUUGUUGACGAUCUUGCUCGAAACCAGAAGAACGAAACCACCCAAAAACAUAAUGACCGUCUCAAUACAGUUACAACAAAUCCUCAGUUACAAUCACAGAUAAAAAAUGGCCCCAGUGACGAUAGCAAUUCAUUAACACCUUUCUCCUCUGUUUCAGGAACAAAUUCAACGUCUACAGCACCUAGUCUUGCAUUUUCCGCCUCUCAUGUAAAGGAAGAUUCUUCUGUGAUCAACAGUCGAGAAGAAUUACUUGCGCCAUGUCAACCGUCAUGUGUUUCCAACUCAAUAAAUUCUUCGUCACCUAUUCCACUCCGAAGUAUAUCAUCUGAAGUUAGCAAAGCUUCAGGUGUUACUAAUGCUUACAACAAUUCGAUGCUUUCCACUUCGACAGACGAAAGUUCUGAAAACGUAAAUCGUACUCCUCCCAGUCUAUAUUCAACGGCUAUGCUAGCUGCUUCUCAGGAUAAACAAUUGUCAUCCCUACUCGCUUGCUCUCAACAUCCAUCUUUAGGACGUGCAGGUUCGAAUUCUGUUGUGGAUCCGUCACUUUCUGCAAUUUCCUUGUCCAGUAAAUUUCACUCAACAUCUGGUGUUUCAUCUUUACCACUUCCUUCAACUGUCAUAUCUACAACCAAUCCUCAAGUACAGUCCUCUUAUUUGGGACUAGACAGCCAACUAUCCUGUAUACAACCGUCUUUACAUUCUCAACAAAUAAAAAAUCAGAAUAGUCCUGUUCAUGCUCAUAUGCAUCCACGUGAUGCUGCUGCUCCCUUCCGUAACAGAAAUUUGGACAAACCCAAAGGAGCUGUACCACAAGAGCUUCUUUUACGACUUCAAGCAUUAGAAAGUGGUUAUCGUCGUUUACCACAUUCAUGUGAUACAGAGAAAUCUCGUAUGAUUAUAUGUAAAAAUCCAAUUAAUUGUCCAAAUUAUUAUCCACGUGAACCAUUAACUGGUACUGAUAAUGAAGAAUAUUAUAUGAAAUUAGAUGCACAAACAUUAUUUUUUAUAUUUUAUUAUUUUGAAGGUACUAAAGCACAAUAUUUUGCUGCUAAAGCAUUAAAACGUAUGUCAUGGAGAUUUCAUACAAAAUUUAUGAUGUGGUUUCAACGACAUGAAGAACCUAAACAAAUUACUGAUGAAUAUGAAUCUGGUUCAUAUAUUUAUUAUGAUUAUAGAACAAUGAGACAACGUAAAAAAGAAGAAUUUAUGUUUCAUUAUAGUUUUUUAGAAGAUAAAGAUUUUUAAACUAAACAACUUCUUGUUAUUGUUACUGUUGUUGUGAUUUAUCACAUAUCUCUACCCUUUGAACAACAUGAGUAACUGUACAAUUGACUUGUAUAUUGUAUAAAAAAAGGAGAGAGGGGGGAAGAAUAGGUGCUUUCACAUUUGUUUGUUUCUUUGUUUGCAUUUGUUUGCUAUUUCAUUGUGUAAUUCUCUUGUUUUCUUUUCUUUCCUUUUAUUUUUCCCUCCCCUCCUCUCCCCCUCCCUUCUCCAUUUUCCUUCAGUUAUUACAUAAAUGCAGCUAUUUACAAUCUUUUGAACUGUUGAUUCAUUCUUCUCUCUUUUGUUGUUGUUGUUAUUAUUGUGUGUAUAACAUUAUUAUUAUUAAUAUUGAUAAUUAUCAGUGAUAUUAUUAGUACCUAUAUAUAUAUAUAUAUAUAUAUAUAUAUAUAUAUAUAUAUAAUUUAUCAGUGUUUCGUCGCUCAAAAUUCUUUCUUCGUCAAGUGUAAAUCAAUCAAAUUCAUAGAAAUUAUUAGUCAAUCACAAAUCUUUAUUAUUUCCCAAUGUGUAUGUGGGUGUCUCUUUUCUAAUCUUUUGUCUUUAUCAAUGAAUUGUGUAGAAAUUGUUUUCUUUUUUGUUGUUGUUGGAUUAGUGUAAUUUCUUCGCUUCGUUUAUAGUCAGAACUUAUAUAUAUAUAUAUAUAUAUAUGUAUGUAUGUAUGUAUGUAUGUAUAUUGUAAUGUAUAUGUAAAUGUGCAUAGAAACAACUGAACUGCAUUUAAAACACAUACUCGAUAUAUAUAUAUAUAUAUAUAUA